GGCUCCACCAUUCAACACCCAAAAACAAAAGAGGAGAGAAAACAAAAAAAGAACGAAGAAAUACAGCAACACAUUUUGAAGCGACUUUCCUCCGCCGACCACCGAGCCCUACAUGUCCGGAUGUUGAAUGCGGAUUGUUACCUGAAGGACGACUCGCGUGAUCCGGCUGACAGAUCGUUUGUGCGCAUCUUGACGGACAGAAGCAUGGUUGAUAACGCGAGUAUAGCAACUAAAUCUGCUUUGCAAGGCUCGUUCUCGUCCGCCGGCAGCCUUCCCCUCCAGGCUCCCUCCGCCUCCUCUCACGGCCCGUUCCCCGGUGCUCUGUCCCACCAGCAGCCCGCCGGCGGCGGCAUGAAACUCGAGGCCGUCAUGGAGAACCUGCAGCGGCAACAGGCUGCGCGGCUUGCCCUGGAGGAGAAGCUCCGUCAGGCGGAGACGGAGAAAGACCUCCGCUCCAUGGUGGAGUCCCAGAUACACCAGCAGGCGCUGGCUUUCCGCCACUACCAGGCGGCGAUGCGCGGCGCCCUGGCCGCCGGGGUUGCCAACAACGUGUCCCCCGGAGCGACGCUCCAGCGCGCCGAGGAGGACGGGACCUCCUCCAGAGCGGGCAGCGACGGCAGGGAGCGGGACGAGGAGGGGGACGACAUGGACGAGCAGGAGGUCAUGGACGAAGACGAGGAGGGCGAAGACGACGUCGGGUUGAACCACCACUACGACGACCGGCACCCGUCGCUCCACGGGGCCGGUCUGCCCGCGAAGGGCGUCCCGAUGCAUCUCAUGGCCCGCGUCCCGGCGGCCUUCAUCCCGGCCCGGCGCGCGGAGUCCCCCUCAGCGCACGCUCAGCCCCCGCACCACGACUGGACCUACGAGGAGCAGUUCAAACAGUUGUAUGAAUUGGAUGACGAUGAAAAGCGCAAAGAGUUUCUCGAUGACCUUUUCAGUUACAUGCAGAAACGGGGGACUCCAGUGAAUCGGAUUCCUAUCAUGGCCAAGCAGGUGUUGGAUCUCUACAUGCUCUACAAGCUCGUCACGGAAAAGGGCGGCUUAGUGGAGGUCAUCAAUAAGAAAAUAUGGCGCGAGAUCACCAAAGGCCUCAACCUCCCUACCUCCAUCACCAGUGCAGCUUUCACUCUCCGAACGCAGUAUAUGAAGUACCUCUACCCGUAUGAAUGUGAAAAGCGGGGACUGAGCUCCCCCGGAGAGCUUCAGGCAGCUAUCGACAGCAACCGGCGGGAAGGCCGCCGGCAGAGCUACGGCUCGGCCAUCUUCAACUACUCCCCCGUGGGCCCCCCCUCCAUGCUGUCCUCACCAAAGAUGCACAUGUCCCAUGUGUCCAUGCCCACUCACAACAGUGGCCACAUCUCACAUGUGCCUGUGAUCAAGAAAGAGCCCCUCUUUGGCGGGUGCCUGCCCAGCCGGGUGGCCCUCCCCAUGUCGCCCGGCGGCCAACACGCGGCGGCCAUGGCCACCCAGGCGGCGGCGGCGGCUCAGACGGCGGCGGCCGUCCAGGCGGCGGCCCUGGAGCAGCUCCGGGAGAAGCUGGAGAGCGGCGAGCCGCCAGAGAAGAAGAUGAUGACGGUGGCCGAGGAGCAGCAGAGGAUCAUGCAGCACGCCCUGCAGCAGAACCUGCUGGCCAUGGCCACCCAGCUGCCCCUCAACAUAAAGGUCAACAACAGAGAUGAUAGACAAGAGACCGCAUUGAACCUGUCUACCAGCGGCAUUAGCAGCAUCAACAUGUCAAUAGAAAUAAAUGGAGUUGUCUACACAGGCGUCCUCUUUUCCCGCCAGUCGGCCAUAGCGGCGAUGACGGGACACCGCGGGAGACACGGCGACCGGCAGACUCAGGGAAGGAGGAGCCCCUCACAGUUCCAGCCCUCCUGCUCCUCCUCCUCUUCCACGUCCUCCUCCUCUUCCUCCCUCCACGGACACAGAAACCCCUCCCCCUGAGUUUCCUGUUCCCCCCUCGAA